CGUCGAAUCCGAACAAAAAUCAAUGGACGAUGAUGAUAAAGUCUGCGGCGAAUGCAAGUCAAACCCAUGGAAAUACAAAUGCCCAGGAUGCUCAAUUCGAUCGUGCGCCCUCCCUUGUGUCAAAGCUCACAAGAAGCGAACAGGCUGUACCGGAAAACGGAAACUCACUGACUUCGUUCCCCUCUCCAAGUUCGACGAUAAUCUCCUCCUCUCCGAUUACAAUAUGCUUGAGGAGACGAAGAGAGUGGCGGAGUCUGCUCUGAGAAGGAGACAUCAGCUAUGUAAAAACCCUCACUUUAGGCUUAGGCUACCCUAUGAUCUUCGGAGUCUUCAGGUUGCUGCUGCUGACCGCAAAACUAAGCUCUGGUUUCUCCCUAGUGGGAUGUUGAAGAGGGAUAAGAACCAGAGCCGUUACGAUAACGGGAGAAAGUGCAUUAAUUGGACGAUUGAGUGGCGGUUCCACUCUACAGAUGUUGUUCUUGUUGAUCAUGGUGUUGGUGAAGAUACAAGCCUUUGCUCUGUGAUUGAGAAUCAUCUUAAGCCAGGCCCUUGGAUUCACAAGCUCAAGCCUUUUUGUGACGUGGAUCUUGAUUCUCUCAAGCUUUUUAUACGCACAUACCCCAAGGGUGCAAAGGUUCCUUUCAAGGAGCUGGACAUCAAGGCUCCUUUGAGACAACAGCUUGCUCAAGUAACUAUCUUAGAGUACCCGGUGAUCCAUGUUUAUCUUCCUUCCCACAGCUACGACUUUGAAGUUAUCAGAGACUUCGACAGUGAGAAAACGACACCUGAGCCUAAAUACUAUAGCCAGGCAGAAGGUGCAACCACGCGAGAAGAGGAAAUAGAAGAAGAUGACGACAUUGACUCAUUUGAGCCAGAGGUUCUUGAUCUUAUGAAACAGAUUAAUUCUAACCCGCGUCGGCAAGUCUCAGAGGUCAGCAAGGCUGAGGGUGGGGAUGCCAAGAAUGCACAUCAUGUUGAUGAUAACAUGGAGCUGGAGUUUGAGCAAGGGUUAAUAGACACAUACGCUGAUAUUUUCCCGGAGUUGAACCCUGGUGACUAUUUCAAUUUCGAAUGUGAGUUUGCAAAGGGGUUUGAUUCAGAUGAGGAUUGCAAUCUCCAGAGUCUAGCUGCUGCUGAUUUGGACAUUGAUGGACUAGAGGAAGGGGAAAUCGUUGAAUAGAUGGUCAUCGUUCAAUAAUGUUCUCCCAGUGAAACAUCUUUGGUCACCAAGGAACCUGAACUGAACUCCCUGGUUGAAGCACAUUGGCUAUUGUUUGUAUCAUUAAAAGCUUUUACCGAACUAGAUAGCCAAUCCUUUUGAUUGCAGAACUAGUGGUCACUGGUCAUGAACGUCUUUGGUUUGAGAUCGGAUCAACAGGUGUUUCUGUAGUCUAGUGUGUUUAUUUAGUUAUUACAUUCGAUAUUAUUUAGUUGAUGCAAGAGAACGCCUUCUUAACUU